AUGAACCUUCUUUCAUCUAUAAAAUGGGUCCUCAGAGGACUACAUGGAGAUGACUACUCAAGGACAAGAUCAGGGAGGGACAGUGAUUGGCAGGGAGAUGCACAUGCCCUGUGUCUCAUACUCAGUCAUCUGUGCCUUCAUUCAUCCAGCAGGUGCCCAGUCCAUGUCCAGCAGGACACUGGGGACACUGUUAUGGAAGCCAACCUGGACGUUGCUGGCCGUGGGCCCCGCACAGAACUGGACGAUGAGGACUACUACCCACAGGGUGGCUGGGACACAGUCUUCCUAGUGGCCUUGCUGCUCCUGGGGCUGCCAGCCAAUGGGCUGAUGGCGUGGCUGGCCGGCUCCCAGGCCCGGCAUGGGGCGGGCACGAGGCUGGCCCUGCUCCUGCUCAGCCUGGCCCUCUCCGACUUCUUAUUCCUGGCGGCAGCAGCCUUUCAGAUUCUGGAGAUCCAGCAUGGAGGGCACUGGCCACUGGGGACAGCUGCCUGCCGCUUCUACUACUUCCUGUGGGGUGUGUCCUACUCCUCCGGCCUCUUUCUGCUGGCAGCCCUCAGCCUGGACCGCUGCCUGCUGGCACUGUGCCCGCGUUGGUACCCUGGGCGCCGCCCAGCCCGUCUGCCCCUGUGGGUCUGUGCUGGGGUCUGGGUACUGGCCACACUCUUCAGUGUGCCCUGGCUGGUCUUCCCCGAGGCCACCGUCUGGUGGUACGACCUGGUCAUUUGCCUGGACUUCUGGGACAGUGAGGAGCUGCCCCUGCGGAUGCUCGAGAUCCUGGGGGGCUUCCUGCCGUUCCUCCUGCUGCUGGUGUGCCAUGCGCUCACCCAGGCCACCGCCUGCAGGACCCGCUGCCGCCACCAGCCCCGGCCCCCCGCCUGCCAUGGCUUUGCCCGCGUGGCCAAGACCAUUCUGUCAGCUUAUGUGGUCCUGCAGCUGCCCUAUCAGCUGGCACAGCUGCUGUACCUGGCCUUCCUGUGGGACCUCUACCCCGGGUACCUGCUCUGGGAGGCCCUGGUCUACUCGGACUACCUGAUCCUGCUCAACAGCUGUCUGAGCCCCUUCCUCUGCCUCAUGGCCAGUGCCGACCUCCGGGCCCUGCUGCGCGCCGUGCUCUCCUCCUUUGCAGCCGCUCUCUGCGAGGAGCAGCCAGGCAGCUUCACGCCCGCUGAGCCCCAGCCCCAGGUGGGCUCUGAGGGCCCGACUCUGCCAGGGCCCAUGGCUGCGGCCCAGCCACGACUGGAUGCCGUGGCCCUGCCUCAGGUGAGCCCCACGACGCAGACACAGUCGGAUACUGUGGCCCAGGAACAGCCAGUGGUUGAGGCUCACACCCGCGCCUCUGCUUCGGGCUUGGCCGCCACCCCCUGUGAUGAAGCCUCCCCUGGCCCAUCCCCAGGGCCCACCUCGGGAGCCUCUGGGAACCCAGCCACACAGCCUGACCCUGAGGGAGAGAGCCCUGGCAGUGCCCCGCCAGAGGAAGCCUCCAGCCCAGGCCCCACGUGAGGGCCUAGGGAAGUCCAGCCCUCCAGGGCAGGGGAAGAGCCAGAGGGAGCCAGAGAACCAGCCAUGGUGGACGCCAUGAAGGACUCGCCACUAAAACUCCCACGGAGCCCCUCGGGCCUAGGAGGGAAGUGAAACAAAGCAUGUGAAAGUCCCAGAGAGUUCACUGUGAGUCCCCGACCCUGGGCACACCAAGCCCUUCCAUGGCUGUUCCAACACACAGUCACCCAAGCCCCCUAGGCCACAGCUAAUGGUGUCCGAAUUGUUCUGUCCUCCAAUACCCCUAGACGCCUGUUUCCUCUGUGCCUUGUUCCUGCUGGAGGAAGAUAACAGGGGGACUUCCCUGGGUCCAAUCAGAUCUCCCUUUCAUCCUUCACUCCCUGUCCUCCUCUGGCCUGUCCUCCAGCCUAGACACAAGAACACCAAAUGGAAAAGUUCCUGCAGGAAAAGGAGGCCUCCAUGAACCUGUGGCUCCAAGCAGGGCCCAAGGCCCUAGUGGCCCACAAGCCAAGUCCUCUCCACCAAUCUCCUGCCUGCCUCCAACAGACAGCGAGGCUGGUGCAGGAUUUCCCCUCCCAGGGCAGGCAGAAAAGAGGCAAGAGCUACCAAGCCUGGAUUCAAAUCCAGUUCUGCCACAGCCUGACUGGGUGAUGGGGGACAAGUUACCUCUCUUUCUUAGCUCCUUUUCAUCAGCUCUUGUGAGAAUUAAAUGAGAAAGUAUGCAAGGCACUCACAGCAGCCUGGCACUCGGCAAGGGCUCAGUGAGCCGGUGUCCUCUUCCUUCCUGCACACAGGACCGGGGCUGAAGGGGAGGAGGCAGGCAGGAGAGUGACCUAGGAUUCUGUGAACAGCCUAGGCUGGGGACACCCAAGUGGCCCGAGAGAGCACAUAGCCACCUCUGCUCUUGGGCCUGCUCCAGGGGACUUCAAGGUCGGA